GGCCGGGGGGAGUCAACGAGGGUUGUCUCACCAGGGUGAUCGACAUGGGGAGGUCACAGCGCCGUCAGCAUGAGGCUAUCGUGGACCAUGUGCAUGACACAUUCAGGGUCCGCUCCCCUGUGUAUCGGUACCUGGUUGUCGGCCAGAAGGUUGACAACAAGGGGGUCAUGAUGCUCCGUUGCACGUUUUGCAACAAAGUUUUCCAAGGGACCCAGUUUCAGGCCACGAGGCACUUCUCGCAGACAAACUACUGCAGGGACGUCAGCGACGAGGCAUUGUACGAGAUUGCUCGACAGACUCAGCAGAAGUUUGAGGCCGAUCAGAUGAAGAGGGUGUCGAGGUAUGCAGCCGAGCGCGAACUCGAUGUGCCCGGCACGGGUGGUGCAAGGGGAGGAGAGGCGGGGCGGCGUCCGGCGGAGGGAGGGGUCGGGGGAGAUGGUAGGCAUGGUGCGGCAGACCCCACUUUGGGUGGUGGAGGCGGUGAGACAGAGGAGGGCGUGAUCCACGUGGAUCGCGAGGCGCGUGGCCCGGGUGAUGAGGGAGUCCCGGAACGGGAGGACGUGCCUGAUUUUUAUCCAUGCACUGGGGAGAGGUUGGAGGACUGGCGGAGGCGAGCAGGCAAGGGAGCUGCAACGGAGGGGUCCUCCAAGAGGAAGGAAGGAGGGAGUGAUCCGGCUGCCACCCCAGCAGGGAAGAGGCUUUGGCAGCAGAAGGUGACUGAUGUCUACGGUGGUGAGUGGGUUGCCCGCCACAAGAAGGCAUUCCUUCGCUGGUUGUAUUCCAGGGGGUUCUCCUUCAAUGCCUUCCGCAACCAGGUGUGGAAGGCAUAUCAGCAGGUGCUUCUUGAGCAGCCUGGCAGUUCCCCGCAGGCACUGCUCCCCAACCACUACGAGAUUGCGAGUAUGCGGGCGGUGGAGACCCACCGUGCAGAGUUGGCGGAGGAGUUGGAGGAGGUGAGGCAGCCAUUCUGGGUGGGGAGGUACGAUGCUUGGCUUGUGGGGCAAGCCAAGAGGUACAUUUUGACGCAAACGAGAUUCGAGCUGAAGGGUGCGGAGUACAUCCUUGCAUGUCCGCAGUUUGGGGACUUCCACAUUCAGCAGGCGGAGAGGAACUGGGCAGUCCACGAGGGCAUUCACACGAAGAAGCGCAACCAGUUGACCUUCGAGAAGGUCGUGCAACUCAUUGAGAUCACCGCAAAUGUGUGGUUGACUGAGUAUCGGCGGGCUGGAUGCGGUUAUGUGUUACCAUGGCAGCGGGACGAGGGCAUGUUGGAUUGCCAGGAAGGACUCGAGUUGGAGCCUGUGCGCACGGGAACUCGCAGGGGGAUGACGGACGAGGAGAUUGCCCGUCAGGUUGCACUUAUUACCCGGGAUCCCAUCGGGGCGUCCGCACCACCCUCGGCGGAUGCCGUUUUCGAUAGACGUGCUUGCAUUUUUCGUCGCUACCCCAGGGACGAAGACUCAGACGAGGAGCCGAUACCCGAGGCGGCAGAUGACCCUGCGCUCCGCAUUCCCUGGGAGAUCGACGAGACGCACGAGGAUCCCAGCUCCGAGGACACGAGGGGUGGCGGACCGGGCGGAGAGCGAGAUGCUGGGGGGAGACGAGGACUUUUGGGGCCCAUUCGGGAGGAGUUGGGGUCCUCUUUGCCUCAGCGAGGCCUUCUCCAGAGAGGCGGGGCAGUCCGCCAGCUUAGGUUACGAUCACCUUCCCCGGGGAUAGGGCAGGAGGAGGGGGGAUCUUCGGCAGCAGCAGUGGAGAGUUCGAUGGCACCAUCCGCUGUAUCGGACGCGACGAUUGCGGCCGCGGUGGAGGAGAUAGCAGCAGCAUCAGUGCUAGAGGAGAUGGCAGCAUCAGUGCUGGCGGAGGAUCCACCAGCGGCCGGAGGAGGUGCAACAGUGGAGGGGCAGGUGGCAGCAGCAGGAGGAGCAGGUGGAGGAGCAGCAGAAGUGGAGGUUGAGGUGGCAGCAGCACUGGAGGAGGAGGACGCACCUUGCGGCGGGGCGACAUCGACGGAUCGGGCUCCAUCGAGGGACGAGGCGCCAGGAAGGACUUCGACGCAGACCGCCAAAGAGAGGACGACGACGCAGUCUCCAGAUGCAGCACACGACAUCAUGGAGCGAGAGAGGGCUAGACUUUUGGCAUCGACUGACCCUCGUGCUCAGGCGUUCGCACGGGCCGUAGAGGACGCUAGGCGUCUAGACAUAGGGGGGGAUUGUGUGCAGGGUGGGGUGGUGGCGGGGGAGGACGUUGCGGAGGGAGUGGCAGCAGAGCCAGUACCCGAGGCUAUGCCGGGUGGAGCAGAGACAGCGGACAUUGCUGUGGAGGGACGGACUCAGGCGGUGGAUGAGGCAGUGCAGGCAGGACAGCGACGAGUCGAGGGGGCUAUAGACUCACGACGCGAGGGGCAGGAGACAACGACGGGUCCAGUCGUUCCGUUCUCGGGCCUGCACUUGGCUCAGGCCCGACAGCCGCAGGCGGUUCAGAUGGCAGUGCAUGGUGUGCCACCGCCCAUUAUCACAGAUUUGGGGUCCGAGCCGGUGGUUGUGCCGCCACGUCUUCCUAGCCACUUUGCUCCGCAGGAGGUUCGUCGUCCUUUGGAUGCAGAGGAGUUGGCGAGAGAGGCUGUGCGCGAUGUUACUCGCUUGGACCGACGAAUCUUCGACCGGAAGCUCGAGCACCCACCGUGGCAGUCGAUCCCUUCGGUUCCAUGGGGUCCUGCGUCGCCCUUGUGGUCUGGGUCUACCUCCACUGGAGGACAUACCGCGGGACAUGUUCCAGGGGUUUCGGGUGGCGUGACGGAGACAGCGCGACGCACAGGAGACAUGCCACCCCCUCCUCCCAGAGCACCUGCAGGUGAUCCAUCAUCGUCACCCACGGGCAGAGGCUCUCGAUUCCCACACACGCCUGGGAGAUCUAGGAUUCGUGACACGACAGCAGUUCAGCAGGACGUGUGUGACACGACGAUAUUCGGAAGGACAGAUAUACAUUUGGAUUCCACCCGCCGUGUAACGGAGCACACUGCACGCCUUCAGCCGGGCUUGGGAGGAGGAGGCGCUAGGACGACCAUGGCGAGGGAGGUACCGGCAUCGGAUGUGAGCCUCAGCGAGGUCGUGGCAGAGGAGUGUCGACCGAUACCUUGGAGUACGCUCUGAGAGCAGCGACGCGUGUCGUGCAGGAGCAGACUCCACGCAAGCGUGGAAUACCUCCUCGUUCAUGCCCCGUGC